AUGCAACUGCUCUCUGAUAUACGUUUCACAUUUACCAAUAUAAAAAACCUACUGCGUCUUCUUCUUUUUCGUAACCCAGACAAGUCCUGCAAAAUCAUGGAAAACAAUAACCUAGAUUUGUUCUCAACGCUCACUAGCUCUCUUCUUGUGCCUAUCGUCAGUUAUUUGCCUUUCAAAGAAGCUGUAAGGACAAGCAUCCUGUCUAAGGAGUGGCGCAACAUUUGGCGUGAGACGAAAAACAUAGAGUUUCAUGAGAAAUUCUUUGUUGAUCUUCAAGAAACAGAAGAGAAGCAGAGGAUACAAAGGAGUUCCUUCUUUGAUUUCGCCAGGAACUUUGUUGCAGGCUACCCACAAGGAGAUAUUCGGAAAUUUGCAAUGACUUGUUCAAAACCAGAGAGUUUCCUCACAGACAUUCAAAGCUUUAUCAUUUUCGCCGUCUCAAGAAAUGUGAGGGAGUUAGAACUCAACUUCUGGGAUCCUAGAUGGAAUGAAGAAGAUGAUGAUGAGAACCAUCCAGCAGUAGUUGAAUUGCCUUACCAGGUUUAUCUAAAUGAGGGUCUUGAAUCACUGAAAUUGUUUUCCUGCAAUUUUGAUGUGUCUAGGUUAAGUAAUUUUAAGAUCCUGAAGGAGGUUGCUUUUGGGUGGAUAGAGAUGCGUAUGGUUUCCAUCAAGUUUUUGUUGGUGUGCUGUCCAUUGAUAGAAACUUUGAGCUUAAAGAAGUGUUGGAACAUCGAUCACUUAGAGAUCUGUUUACCAGAUUUGAGGCUAAAGAAUUUGGUUCUUGAUAAGUGCAAUUUUGUUGAUGAUUUCUUCUGGAUCGAGGGACCUAUGUUGCGGUUCUUGAAGUACUCGGGCAAAGUUGGUCACUUUCACAUGUAUAAUCAACGUCAAAUGGUAGAGGCUGAUCUUGAUUUUGGAAUGGAGCCUGAAUUUUUUGAAGUUGGUACUCUUCUUUAUGAUUUCCUGCAAGAGUUUUAUGCUGUUAAAGUUUUGACCGUGUGCAGUGUCCUUCUUCAGCUUAUUCCCCAAGGAGAAGAACCAGUUAGUUUGAAAUCUCCGCUAAAUGUCCGCCAUCUGAUCUUGAAAACUGCAAUGCACGCCUUUGAAUUUUAUGGGAUUAAUUUCAUGAUCAGAAGUUGUCCAAAGCUUAAGAUCCUCACUCUUGACAUAGGCCCUGCAAAAAUUUUCCCUGAUUAUGAACCUGGCUUUGAAUUAAAUCCACAACAAUUUUGGUCAAACAACUUAUGGCCCGUUCCACGGUGCAUCCAUAGAAGCCUGGAGGUUGUCAACGUUAAAGGGUUCAAAGGCACCGUGAGUGAACUGCAAGUCCUCGAGUACAUAAUCAACCGCGGGCCAAAACUAAGGAAACUGAAUCUUUUUCUCUCCGACGAAGAGGACGAAAAUGGACAAAACAGGAAGAGCUAUAUGGCAAGGGUUCACUAUAUUACGCAGUUUAGGACCCCCUCACUGAACCUGCGAGUGUUCGUCUUCUGA